UGUACUAGUGUACUUGAGGAAGAAACCAUUCGACUCCGAUUGACUUCUGGUAUAGCCAGCCAGCCAAUCUGCAUGCAGUCCCUCACUCUACCGGUCUAACCUGCCCAAGUGUGAAAAAUGGUGUCGGACUCCGAGUUGGUGGGCCGGCUGUGGGAUAUUCUCCGGGACGCUGACCUCGAGACCGCCACCGCCGCCAGCGUCCGGCGGCGGCUCGAGGAGCAACUGGGUGUUUGUUUGCUUGACCGGAAGGCCUUCAUCAGGGACCAAAUCGACCUUUUCCUCCAGACCCAUGUUGUAACGCCUCAAUACAACAAAGUAGAGCGGGGAGCCGAUGACUCGGAGAAUGUGAAGCAAGAAAAGAACGAGAAUCGCGAUUCCCAAAAAGAGGGCACCGUUAAAGAAGAAGAAGAAGAAGAAAUUGAUGACCAAGAUGAGAAAGAGGAAGAAGAGACUGCCGAAAAGAGAACUCAGAAAGCAAAGUCUAAUACGAAGGAGAAAGAUGAUAAGAAAAGAGGCAAAGGCUUUAACAAACCGUGCGCCAUUUCUCCACAACUUCAAGUAUUAGUCCAGGAGCCAGAACUUGCGCGAACAGAGGUUGUCAAAAGAAUCUGGGCCUAUAUCCGGGAGAAUAAUUUGCAAGAUCCAAAGAACAAGAAAAAAAUUAUAUGUGAUGAAACUUUGUUGGGGAUUUUUCGUGUCAAGACCAUUGACAUGUUUCGAAUGAAUCAGACACUUUCAAAGCAUAUAUGGCCUAUUGAGAAAGAAGAUGUCACUCCGGUCAAAUCCUCACCAAAGGAAAGGCAACGGAAAAAGGGCAGAGACGAAGAUUCAGAUUCAGAUUUUGAGCCAAAGCAGGAAGUGAAACGACAGAAAGGACUGAAAGGUGGUGGCACCGGUUUCCUUGCUCCACUCCAACUCUCGGACUCUCUGGUAAAAUUCUUUGGUACUGGUGAAAAUGCACUAUCACGGGGAGAUGUGGUGAAGAGAAUGUGGAAGUACAUUAAAGAAAAUGAGCUGCAGGACCCAUCUAAUAAGAGGAGGGUCAUUUGUGAUGACAAGUUAAGAGAACUCCUCGAGGUUGAUUCUUUUGAAGGCUUCACGAUGACUAAGCUCUUGACUGCUCAUUUUAUAAAAACAGCAGGGUGAUGUUAUCUUACAUUUUUGAGCAACGUGAAAGUGUUUGUUGUCUUGCUUUUCAUUCCCCUUGCCUAGAAUCUCCUUAUAGAACUUCUUGACCUCUAUAAAUGUAGCAAGCUACGGAAUCAAAAACUGAAUUAUUAGGCUACUGGAGAUUUUAAACAUUUUAUUUAACACGCAGUAAGUUGCACUGA